AUGCAAGUAGCUUCGCAACAGACACAAUCACCAGUCGGCCCUGGCACAUAUGCCGUGGACCCUUCUUUAGCAUCACGACGGCAAUACUCCCAGCAAACCUCACAAGCAGGUGACCAGAGCCAGAGCCACUCGCAACCGAGAAGCUCACCUCACUCAUCGACACGACCAUCGACACGGCCAAGCGGUAACGGAAAUCAAACUCUGGAGCCUGAUGCCUCUCAACAAGCUCCAUACCAAUCUUCUGCGGGGGCCUAUCAUUCGAACUCGAGUACCCCUCGCGGUCAGGACAUGGCUAGCACUACCCAUGCAUCCCCAAUGAUCCCUACUACAUCUUCGUCUCCUCCGCAUCAGCAGAGUCGGAGAGACCAACGAGGGCAGCAAUCACAUCAAGCCCGCCCACCAAUAUCACCACCUCCAAGAACCUCGUCAAAUCAACGUGGCCAAAGUAUCGGUUUACCAUCGAAUGCACCCCUUGCCGAUAGAACAGCUUCCUCGCGGCAGACUGGUCAAGCGAUUGACGAGCGCCAAUCUGCAUCCCGCAGUGCUGCAGCAGAAUCACUGAGUGGUGGUGAACCUGGAAUAGACAAUGAUGCGGCAGCAGCAAGAUCACGACGGAGAGGGCCGACUUCGUCGGAAGGACCGCAAAGGGCAUCAAGCACCCGAGAACCAGGCUCUCAACAGUCACCCACCGCCGUGGAAAACCGCUCAGCCUCAAAUGUAGCCUCCGCAGCGUCUCACACCAGGCCUGGAAGAGAUGAAAGCCAAAUAAUUAACCGAGUCGUGGUGGACGAUCCUGCUGUCGACCUCAAACGCGAACAAGAACGGCAAUUGGAAUCCGUGCCAGGACUAGCGGUCGUGAAUAACGUGACCGCUGAAGACGUCGGCAGGGCAGCUCCUCGAAGCAGGCAAGAUUAUUCGGCCAGUGCAGGAAAUCCAGGACGAAGAAAAGAGACGCGAUUUGGUGAAUAUAUUCUCGGGCAGACUCUCGGCGAAGGAGAAUUCGGCAAAGUCAAGUUGGGCUGGAAAAAGAAUGGGGAGGUUCAAGUAGCGAUCAAGCUCAUCCGACGAGAGAGCCUUGGGCAGAACCCAAGUCGACUGCCCAAGAUCUACCGCGAGGUGUCCAUCUUGAGGGGCCUCGAGCAUCCAAAUAUUGUCAAACUCCAUGAAAUGAUUGAGACGCCUCCCUACAUUGGUAUCAUUUUGGAGUAUGCAUCUGGUGGUGAAUUGUUCGACUAUAUCUUGAAUCAUCGGUAUCUGAAAGACAACACAGCCCGAAAGCUAUUCGCCCAGCUUGUUUCAGGGGUUGGCUACCUACACAAGAAGGGUAUUGUGCAUCGAGAUCUCAAACUUGAGAAUCUUCUGCUUGACCGAAAUCGUAAUAUUGUUAUCACGGACUUCGGUUUUGCCAACACCUUUGAUCCCCGCGAUGAGCUGGGUGAAGACAUUGAGAAAAAACUGACGGACCGGGAAUUUGUCCGGAGGAUGGAUCUGGAGCGAGUCCAGAACGGGAGUCGGAGAGGAGAUUUGAUGGCGACAAGCUGUGGUAGUCCGUGCUACGCAGCACCUGAGCUUGUAGUGACAGAUUCUCUCUAUACCGGAAGGAAGGUCGACGUUUGGAGUUGUGGGGUCAUCCUGUACGCUAUGUUGGCUGGCUACCUGCCCUUUGACGAUGACCCUGCGAAUCCUGAAGGGGAUAACAUUAAUUUACUUUACAAGUACAUUACGACUACAGCUCUUACCUUCCCAGAAUACGUCACUCCGCAUGCUCGUGACCUCUUGCGAAGGAUCCUAGUCGCCGACCCCAGGCAGCGAGCGGAUUUAUUUGAGGUCGCCAGGCAUAGUUGGUUAAGCGAUUUUGCGCAUGUGGUGGCACAAGUCACAAGCAGUACCACGACCGUUGGCGAGAUUGCGAAUACCACUGUCACAGCAGAUCCACAAGAUGCUCCUCUGCUCGUCCGCAGUGCUUCUGUUAGAGAACCAGCCAAAGCACAUCCGUCCAACAUGUCUCCUGUUGGCGCGCUCACUCAUCAAGGUAAAAUUGACCCUGAGCAAGCGAUUGAAAAAGCCAAAGCACCUCGUGAUCCUAAAAGAAGGACUGUGCAAGUUGAAUACGUCGCUCCGCAAAGCCAGACAGUUAGAGGCGAAGGUCUGCCUCUCAUCAGCUCACCCGCUACAGAUGUCUCUCCCCAAGCUGCUUCAACAGGUCAACAGAAGACUCGCGCCAGGGCCGGCAACGAAGGGCCGGAACCUGUCCCUCGACAAUACAGUGCGACGACUAAGUCUUCGCCGCAAGACGCAUCGGUUGCACCGGCCCCGAGGUCAAGUCAAGCAUAUCAACAGGGGCCAAAUAGAACCCAGUAUCGACCUAGCAGCUCCCAGCGAGACAUGGCGCCUCCUUCACGGCCACCGAAGGAUCUACCUCGUUCUGUGUCUGAAUCUACUAGCGCGUUCGGCCCGCUUCCAACCUCGACCGUAACCAGGCCCACUACUGGAGGGUCUAUGGCUUCCACAGCUGGUCGAUUACCUUCCAGAGGAAACUCUUAUAGUCAACCACUUCCACCUACGGUGGCACCGACAAAUGCAGAAGGACGGCUUGCGCAGCCCAAGAGUGGCAAGCAAUACAAUAUCUCAGCGCCGAUUCCCCAAUCAGGACCUUACGGUCAGAAUGAAUCAAUCGGUCUGCCAAGCACUCAGCAGUAUGAGCCUCCAACAUUAGGAGAUCACAGAGAUCAAUCUCGAGGGCACAAACGGUCAAAUACUUUGGGAAACUUUUUCAGGACAGGUUCGAUCUCUGGUGGCAGGUCGCAACCUCAGUCGCCUGGGGAGCCACAAAGAGAGAAAAGAUAUCCACCUACAAGCAUGAAGGCUCCGAUAGCAGCUGAUAGUCCCCGGCAAUCAACAGAUUCACGGCGGCCCUCAUUCAGCUUCGGACGGAAGAGCAGCGAUUUGAGAAAGAUCACUGAUCUACCCAAACAGGAGAAGCCACGGAGAUUCUCUCUAUUGCCCGCUUCUUUCUCAUUAAAGGGAUUCACCAGCACUGGCAGUGGGAAAGAUGCGAGCAACGAGAUGAGACCAACUUCUGAGCGGAGGCCGUCGAGCAACGUUCAGUCAGCCCUUUCAAGCCGAGCUCAAUCGCGUCCGCAGACCAUGGCAUACAGUAGAGGCCAAAGUGGAGGCAAUAGCUACGGACAAGAGGAGAACUUCCCCGCAACAUAUGAUGGUUCGCGGGACCGUGCACGAGAUAGUCCUGUACAACAGACGCGAAGAAAAGAUGUCCCUUCUCGAGGUGGGCAGCAGAGCGAAUAUGACAACCCACAGACCGAGACUCCUCACGAUCCUUACCCCACUUCGAAGCCACUGCAACCGGGCCAAUCGUAUCUGGACACGCCUACAGAGUCCCAGAUAUCUAUUAAUCAUCGACGCGAGCGGCCUGUCUAUCCUCAGGGUUUUAACGAAUACGAAGAAGAGGCAGCCGGUACAUCGAUUGCUCAAAACCGAAGCGGACGUGGACCGAAUGUUCUACAAAAGAACAAUCGGAAAUUCGCAGAUGCGUACGAGCAAGACGCGGAUCCAAGUUAUGGGGUGGGGGGUCAACACGCCGGGACGUCUGGGGCAGCGAGAAGGGUGAUGGAUUUCUUUAGAAGGAGAGGCAAAGCAAGAGCCGGGGAGGAGAGGGUGUGA